CCCUUUCCCUUUCACUUUCACUUUUCAGUUUUCACUCUCUAUCUCUCUCACUCUGCGUUUAUUUUAUUUUUUUUACUUUCUAUUAUUACUGUUUUCUUUAUCUUCUUCCUGAAAACCCUUCUCAUCCAAUAACCACUUUCCCUUCCCAGCGCCCAAAACUUUUGUUAUUUUGGUCAUGUUUUUCCUUCGCCCAAUCAAAAGAAAAAUCUUGAGAUAUACUAAGUGAAGAAGACAAAUAGGUAAGAUAUCUUCUUCACCACUUUAUCAUGCAUGUAAAGCAAAGCCAAAGAUUUUAGAUAAAUUUGUAGAUCUGGAAUUUUUUAUUUUUUUUUGGUUUACAGAUCUGGAAAAUAUAUUUAUGUAAGUUUUGAGUUUGUAGAUACAUUUUGUGAUAUGUCUGUUUUGUGGUACAAAAUUGAUUUUAAAUGUUACUGCCCAAAAAUAUUUAUUUUGCUGAAUAUUUCAAAAAUAUUCCAAAUCUGAAUAUAAAUAAAAAAACUACAUGUCAAAGGCAAAGCUUAUAAAAGGAAAAAACUUAAGUUUGUACUCCCGGUACCUAUAUUAAACGAGGGGUAACACAGUCAUUUCAUGAUCCAUGGCAUUUAACGUAAUAUACACAAGUUCACAAGGGUAGUUAACUAGCACCACCCCUAUAAAUACCAAACGCCCCCAAUCCUUUGGCAUUCUCUUCUCUCGCUUGUGAAUUUCACAAUUUCUUUUCUCUCUAUUUAUUCCCUCUCUCCUCUCUCUCUCUCUCUCUCUCUCUCUCUCUCUCUCUCUCUCUCUCAUUUCUUUGGUAAUUCUUGAAAAAUUGCCAGAUUCUGGCAACACUUUCUCUCUCAUCACCCUCUCCUCCGGUGAAUUUUUUCCAACAUAGACAUCACCAUCGAUUUCUCCGUCAAAUUACUGUUUUACCCUUUUAAUUUUUACUAUUUACCCUUUUACCCUCCUUAGACCUUUUCAGUUUUCACAGUUGAGGAAAUCGUUUUUUUUUUUGAAAUAAUAUUUAUUUAUUAUUUUAAUUAUUAAAGCGUGGGGUUGGUAGUGACGUGGCAUGUGGAUAGAGAGCCAUGAAUACCAAAACUAUGCGUUUACCCCCUCGUCGAGUGUUGACAUCUAGCAACAGUACAACAAGUAAUAAUAAGCGAAAAGAGAGAGAUGACCCGUUCGAAAGGCCCAAGCCCAUACACGGGCCCAAUUCAAAAUUACUCAAGCCGGAUAAGCCGAUUUCCAAACUCAGCGGCUCGGAGCCGGUUCAAUCAGCCACUACAACAACAACAACAACAACAACAACACCGUCCAAUCAGCUGCUAGCGGGCUACCUGGCCCAUGAGUUUCUCACCAAGGGAACACUCUUUGGCCAGCCAUGGAUCCCAUCCAGAGGGAAGGAGGAGGAGGAAGACGAGGACGACGUUGGUGGCGGCGCCGAAGGAGAAGCCACGGAGGCGCCGCCGAGCCGGAGACCGGAGACGAAGAUUGACAAGGAAAGGUAUGUGGAAGUUACGGCCUUAUUAAAGGGUGGUGGGACCCACCUUCCCGGCAUUGUGAACCCCACUCAGCUUGCCCGUUUCUUAGACUUUUGAUGAUCUAACGUACAAUUGGGAGAGAGAAGACACGUGGAGCGAUCCUAUUGGCUCUCCUUCCUUUUGUUCUGUUCUUUUAGAGAGAGAGGGGAGAAAAUUGAAAUUGAAAUUUCUCCCCCGAUCUUAUUAUUUUUGUUUGUUGUUAAAUUUGAGAUAGAAAAAAAAAUUAGCUAUUUUGUUUUUAUUUUUCUUUGUUAGUGCAUGCAACUUGUAUGUAUCAUGUUGUAUGUCAUCAUCAUCGCUCUCAUGAUGUAUCUGUUGUUUGUUCACAUGCAAAAUACAUGCUUUUGGUUUCAAA